AUGUUUGAUACAGAUUUAAACCAAAAACUAAAGAAUUAUCAAUUUAUAUUAGGUUCAACAUCGCCAAGGAGACAAGAAAUACUACAGAAUAAUUUGGGAAUUAAUGAAUUCAUAUCAAUUGGUUCAAAUUUUGCUGAAGAUUUAGAAAAACAUGAUAAAUCACCAUUAGAAUAUGUUCAAUUAACAAGUAAACAUAAAGCAGAAGCUUUGCUUGAAGUUUAUAAAGAGCAGUAUAACCACAACAAUACAAUCAUACUUACUUGUGAUACCGUUGUUACAUCCAAUGGUAAAAUAUUUGAGAAACCAAUUACGAAGUCAGAACAGAAGAAGUUUUUCGAUUAUUAUGUUGAACAUCCAGUUCUUGAGGUCAUAUCUGCAUUAACUACUAUAAAAAUUGUCAAUGAUAAUAUUACCGAAUAUUUUGAUCAUUCAACGACAAAACUCAGAUUUAAACCAAACAAUCAUGACAUAAUAAAUGCAUAUAUCGAGAGUGAAGAAGGUUUGGAAGUAGCUGGUGGGUUCAAAUAUCAACAAUUAGGAUGUCUAUUGUUCAAUGACAUGAUUGGAGAUUAUUACAAUGUUGUUGGGUUGCCUAUUUUGACAUAUGAUCUUUUAAUGAAAACAAUUAGAUGA